UCUCUCUCUCUCUCUCUCUCUCUUUUUUUUUUAAUAUUAUUAUUUACUUAUUACAAAAGCGCUCGAGCAGGAGAACCCGCACAGAACAGAGGCAUCUGUUGAUCUGACGUUAGAAGAAAGAAAGAAAGAAGGAAUAAAAUGAACAGUAAAAGAGUGAGUUGUGUUAUGGUUCGUGUCUGUGGUCACAGUUUGGGACGCGGUAAUAUUUUGGCCUGAGCGAACGACAUCUGGUGGUCGGGAAACGGCUACGCGGACGGAAGACAGCGACGUUGCGCGUGCAGGAGUGUUUGCUGAGCAGAAGCGUUUUUGCCUCUACGGUGUUGCGUGCACAUACAUACAUACAAGGGAGCUUUUGAGCGGGCUCGGGAGGAAGAGCUGUUCGGCAUACCGAGCAGCAGUGCACGAGCUGAAACACUGGGGGCCAGUUUGGAUUGCACAGGAGACCGUUUAAGGCACUUUUUCUCUGACGAGGAGGAUGCGGUGAGAGAUUUAAGCAGGGCUCGUGCGUGAUGCGAGCGGUGAAAGCGCACGAGGACAGAUCCGGAGUGUGCAUGAGCAUUUCGACUCUGCUGUACAUGGAGAAGGAGUGAGGACGAGGGAAAGAAGCUCGACUAACUACGGAACAAGGUUCAUCCAGACCGAGCUCCAGCAUGACGCCGAGGAUGCUGUGCUUUCUCCUCUGCUCUGCGGCAUGCGUGACCGGGCUGCAGGGCGCGAGCGCACCUACUGUCCCCGUCAACAGCACGCUGGAUGCGAGUGGCAAACGGGACUCCAAUCAGACCUUCAGCUCCAGGCUGAAGAGGAAGACGCUGUCGGUUGAUUUUGCGGUGCCGUCUCUUUUGCGGUACUACAUGGCGAUGUUCAUAAAGCGCCCGCUGAACGGGGACUGCCUGACACACGCCGGCUGCUACACGGUGCGCGCCAACCUGCGGAUGCACUGCGCGCCUUUGCAGAAGACCAUCGCGAGUUUGCUCGGCGCGAAGUUGGCAGAAAUCGUGCGGGGGGAGGGCGGGAACGGCUCCGGUGGCGAACAACUGCCGUACAGGCGCACCCGGCCCGCCCCCAAAGUGCUGAGUUUGGGUUUGAGCACAGCGAGCCGCAAGUCCAACCAGGUCGUGGUGGAGGUGGGAGAGGACAUGGUGAAGACCGGAUGUGGCGGGUUGGUUGUGCGCGAGGACGCGCCUGUGCCCUUUUUGGAAAUGGACCUGACGCGCGUGCUGGAGUGGUGGCUCGGGGCCGAAGGAGGCCGGCUGCGCGUGCGACUUAUGCCAGAGCGCAAGGCUCAAGUUCCGGGCAAGGAGGAGAGGUACUCAACCGCCAUCCGGGCAUCAGACGCCCGACUGUCCCUGCAGAUCGCCUCCAGUGGACCUGCACCAGCCAGAAAUACAGGAAAUACUGAUGCUUCACUGCGCUACUGGAACUUCUCCUGGAUAGCAGAGGACGUUCUUGGCUUCCCAGAGGAUACAUCAAUGAGUUUGGGUUUGGGGUGUUCCUCAAAGGGAAAAUCAUGCCACGGAAGGUCUGAAAGCUACCAUCCAGAGUUUGCAUGGAGUCUAACAUCAGCUGAGGAUGUCUGGGCAGAGGAUCAUGGGGUCAUGGACAUGGAAAGAGGAAGUUCUCAGGGCUGGGAGGAAGGUCGCUUUGUGGUAGUGAACGGCUCGGCUGUGGGAGGACCGUGGAUUCUCAGUCCGUGGCUUCGUUCUAUCCAUCGACCCUGUGGGUUGGACGUGACUGUAUUUCUGCACCCUAGGCAAAAAGGGCGCUACAAAGUAUGGCUCAUUGAGAGAGACAAACCACCACUGGUUCUUCUGACCACCGAGCCUCCCCACAUUACAGGCUGGGCGGUGGUGCACCUCAGCCUGGGAGCUCGGGAAACACCGUUCAGGAUCUCAUCCAGUUACGACCAGCCUGGAGAGCUAGAGACGGCUACGUACGACCCGCUCUUCAUCACCAACUGCACUAUGGAGACAUCUCGAAACGUGACCUUUGAGGGCCGCUACCACUGCAGGCAGGGUCACGAGAUCAGUCUGGAGCGCCUGUGUGACUUCACUCCUGAUUGUGCUCAAGGGGACGAUGAAGGAGAGCCGUGCCGUCAGUUCCUUAACGGAAGCUACUGCUCUUUUGAAGAGGAUGACUGUGGGUGGCAGAUGGUGUCAAGUAAAAGUUUGUACAAAGGAGUCCAUCUUUCUCUGCCCAAAAGACUUAGAAACAGCUGUCCAUCCUCAGGUUCUGUUCUGGCUCUGGAAAGUCAAUCUAAAGGCCAUCGGGGGUCAGUAGUUGUGCGGAGUCCACUGUUCCUCUACCCUCUGCGCAACGCCCCAUGCAUGGUACGGUUCCAGGUAUGUGGAAGCCCAACUGGUCUUCUUUCUCUCCGGAUCAUCGAAAACAGUACGGGACCCGAGGGCCAAAGAAGUUUAUGGAACUCCAGCAGUGAGACCAAAAUGGACAAGGGAUGGCAACUUGUCACUUUCCCACUGUUUGGAUUAGUCGACUCGUUCUACCUCCAGUUCACAGCAGAGAUUUCUUCUGGGUCUGAAGUGGCGUUUGCUGUGGAUAACUUCACUCUUACUAUGAACUGUUUCCUUGAAACUAAUGGAGAAUUCCCACCAGUGGUUCCUGCAAGUGUUACACCAGCGCAGUUCAGACCGAUUAAUCACAUGACGCCCACGACACCAGUAGACGAAGGCGCAGGAGCGCUGGCCCUUCUCCCUGUGCCUACAGACACCAAGUGGUUUUUCCGCACCUGCGGGGCUACAGGGCCAAUUGGUCCUACUCCCUCUCAGUGUAACAGUUCCUAUCGUAAAAGCAAUGUGAAUGUGACCGUGGGGACAAAGGGAGCACUCAAGGGCAUCCAGAUGUGGAGGGUUCCUGAAACAGGAUUAUACAGGAUCACAGCCUAUGGUGCGGCAGGUGGACGCAGUGUUCUGAACAUGUUCAGAUCGUUUGGAGUCUGUAUUGCUGGAGAUUUUAAACUGCACAAAGAUGAGGUGCUAUACAUCCUGGUGGGACAGCAGGGAGAAGAUGCCUGUUCUAAAACUGCGGAGCACAAGAUCUGUCUCGAGCAGAAAGGCCCUCCAGACAGCAAGAGCAUGUUGAAGGGAGGAGGUGGAGGAGGAGGGGGUGCUACCUACAUCUUUAAGGUGGAGAAGGGAGUUUAUAUCCCUCUGCUAAUUGCUGCCGGAGGUGGGGGUCGAGGCUACAAUGGACACUCAGAGAACUCGAUGGAGCUGUUGGACCAUGAUUUCAGUGUUCCCGGCCUUAAUGGCAUGUCAGGAGCUGCAGGUGGAGGUGGAGGUUUGAACGAUAGCACUCCUGUGUCUCAGGGUGGGAAACCCCUCAAUUUGGGAGGACAGGGAGGAGAUCCGUGCGAUACGAUAGGCUGGAAGGCUCAUGGCGGCUUUGGAGGAGGCGGAGGAGCUUGCACCAGCGGGGGUGGAGGAGGUGGCUAUAGAGGUGGCAGCGCUUCAGUAGAAAAUGACCCUGAGCAGGAUGGAGAGGAUGGAUCCUCCUUUAUCAGCCCAGAUGGAGAGAUAUUCAUGGAUGCACUUAAAGGCAUGGAGGGCGAUGGUGAGGUGAUCAUCAACCCAGUGCAGAACUGCAGUCACUGCGAGUCAGGAGAGUGCCUAGAGGGAACAGAGUGCUACUGCGACAAUGAUCUUGUCCUCGCCGCAGAUGGUGUCUCCUGUGUCAAUUCUACAGAUACAUCGGUGCUCCUUCAGCCUUCUCUCUCUCACCUGGCAUUGGGGCUGUCUGUAGGAACCUCAGCACUCAUUGCAGCUCUGUUGCUGGCGGUGUCUGGAGUCAUGAUCAUGUACAGGCGCAAGCACACUGAGCUGCAGUCCAUUCAGCUGGAGCUUCAGAGUCCAGACUGCAAGCUGAGUAAGCUGAGAGCCUCCACCAUCAUGACUGAUUACAACCCCAACUACUGCUUUGCUGGAAAGACAGCCUCUGUUAAUGACCUGAAGGAAGUUCCGCGCCGUAACAUUUCACUCACAAGGGGUUUGGGGCAUGGUGCAUUUGGAGAGGUCUAUGAGGGUCUGGCUGUGGGAAUACCAGGAGAACCCAGUCCCAUGCAGGUAGCUGUCAAGACACUUCCUGAGGUGUGCUCUGAGCAGGAUGAACUAGACUUUCUGAUGGAAGCCCUCAUAAUCAGUAAGUUCAGCCAUCAGAACAUUGUCCGGUGUAUAGGAGUGAGUUUACAGGCUCUUCCUCGCUUCAUUCUGCUGGAGCUGAUGGCUGGAGGAGACCUCAAAACGUUUCUUAGGGAGACUAGACCCAGGCUGGAGCAUCCUUCCAGUCUGACUAUGGUGGACCUUCUGAACAUAGCCAGAGAUAUAGCACGUGGCUGCCAGUACCUAGAAGAGAAUCAGUUCAUUCACAGGGACAUCGCAGCGAGAAACUGCUUAUUAACCUGUAAAGGUCCAGGAAGAGUGGCCAAAAUCGGAGACUUCGGCAUGGCCAGAGACAUCUACAGAGCCAGCUACUACAGAAAAGGAGGCCGUGCCAUGCUGCCAGUUAAAUGGAUGCCUCCAGAGGCCUUUAUGGAAGGAAUAUUUACCUCCAAAACUGAUACAUGGUCUUUUGGAGUGCUGCUGUGGGAAAUCUUCUCGAUGGGAUAUAUGCCGUACCCCAGCCGUAGUAAUCAAGAGGUUCUGGAUUUCGUCACUAAUGGAGGCAGGAUGGAUCCUCCGAAGAACUGCCCAGGACCAGUCUAUCGGAUAAUGACGCAGAGCUGGCAACACCAACCUGAAGACAGGCCAAACUUCUCCACUAUCCUAGAGCGGAUUGACUAUUGUUUGCAGGAUCCAGAUGUGGUAAACGUACCUUUACCUGUUGAGUAUGGCCCAAUGCCUGAGGAGGAAGAGCGGGUGCCCAUGCGUCCAGAUGACCCUGCUGCACCCUCUUUACUAGCCGCCCCCCAGGGCACAGAGGAAACGUCAUCUUCCACCACUGUGACCCGCUCUGAGGAGGCCAAGAGAGCUGCUGAGGCUCUCUUGAUGAGUGCCCGCUCUUCUGACAACAAACCUGUACCCAGUGCUGCCACCCAGCUCCACUCCCAUCCACCAGUGUCCUCGGCAUCUGCGCUGCCAGCCUGCAGCAAACCCUCCUCUGUUGUCCCUGCUACCCAGGAUGGAGGCCAUGUCAACCUGGGUUUUGCUCAGGCUCCUACAGCUGAGAAGGAGAACCGCAAUGGGAAGCUCACAAACUUAUGGAACCCCACGUAUGGCCCGUGGUUUCUCCAGCAGCAGAGGCAGCAGGCCCAGGCCCAGGCCCAGGCCCAGGCCCAGGCAGGCAGUCAAGGUCAUGAGCUUUCUGGCCGAACUGGGAAUAUGGCCGAGGCUCUGGGCCUGCAGCACCAGCACAAGCAACAGCAGAUGCAGAUCCAGCAGCAGCAGAAGAUACAGAUCCAGCAGCAGCAACAGCAGAAACUUCAACAGCAACAACAACAGAUCCAGAUCCAGCAGCAGCAGAAGAUCCAGCAGCAGCAAAAAAUACAGCAACAACAACAAAUCCAGAUCCAGCAACAGCAACAGGGGCAGUGCAGGCCUCUCUUGCCCCCUCCUCCUCAACCUGCCCCUACCCCUCUGUUGCUGGAUUCAGCAGCCCUGCCCCCUGUACCGCUCUACAGACUGCGCCGCUUCCCUUGCGGCAACAUUGGGUAUGGCUACCAGGAGAAGGGUCUGCCUUUGGAGUCAAUGUCUGGAACCCAGAAUGCCGUGCCACCUCCUGCCCUCGCCAACCAGCAGAGACCCAUCUCACUAGGCUGGACUGGCACCGCUGAGGACAGCCGCCCCCUGCUGGUGACAAUGGGAACAGUUCAGGACUCCAGACUCCCUAAGAUGGAUGGGCACAAUGCCACAGUGCUUUAACCCUCCACCUUAUCCUCUCUCCCAGACUAUUUUAAUCAGUGCCCGCUUGAAACACUGUGCCAUCCGUCUGUGCCCACCUCAGCUCAUGACCACCAUGCAUCCCCCUCCCUUCACCAUGCUUCUCAGCCAGCCCAACAUUUGCUCCUCACUACCAGCGACUUCUGGGAUGAGACUGACUGUUUUAAUACAUAAAUCUUUAAGAAGUCAUUAGAUGGAGGGAGAACUGGGAGUUUUGUAGAGGUUACAGGUUUAGAGAUUGUGCUGGAGUCACUCCUAAGAACUUUACCUACAUCAUUUCUCACAUUCACAGGGAAAAACAAGUUUGUUGAUGUUUGCUUGCCUGCUUGUUUAUUUAUUCAUUUGUUAAUUUAUUAUUUGGAAGCUGUGUAAAUUAUUAAUGGGUGUGCUUCAUAAGGCAAACCGCUCCACUCAUUUAUGCAUCAUUUUGUUCACUCUUGAAUUUGGUUGGCUUUUAAACUACAGCAGUUUUCAUCUGACUUGAAUUUAAUGAAUUAAAUGAAUCGUUAAUGGUUUCUGUUUAGCAGAUUGGUUGAUGUUAAAGGCGCCUGACAUCUAUUAGCAGGAAGGUAAUCAGUUGCCUUGGUAUUUGAAAAGGGGUUAAGUGGUCAGGGAAAAUGUCAUGUCUGUGAAUAAUUUUACUGUUGUAUGAACACUGCAAGGAUUUGUGUGACUCUUGUGAAAGAGGUGUAAAUUUGUGUAUUUAACUCAAAGAGGAAUUGAGGUACUGAUCUCUCUCAUUCCAUCUAUUUUCAGUUAACCUGUGGCUUCUGAAAGAAGCUUUUGUGUAUAUAAGAGCUGUAUCCAUCUUUGCAGAAAAUUUAAUUAUUGCUCUUUGGUCUCUUUGUUUCAGUUCAAUUGAAUUCAAUAAAUGGUUAAUUUUAAAAAUA